ACGGAGGAGUUGGGGUCCUCUUUGCCUCAGCGCGGACUUCUCCACAGAGGCGGGGCAGUCCGGCAGCUGAGGUUACGAUGACCUUCCCCGGGGAUAUUGCAGGAGGAGGUGGCACCGUCGACAGCAGCAGUGGAGGGGGGGACGCAACGAUCGCAACCGCGGUGGACGAGAUAGCAUCAUCAUCAUCAGCAGCAGUGCUGGAAGAGUUGGCAGCAUCAAUGUUGGAGGAGGAAGCACCGGCGGCAAGAGGAGCAGCAACAGUGGAUGGGCAGGUGGCAGCAGCAGGAGGAGCAGUUGGAGGAGCGGCAACAGUGGAGGUGGAGGAGGCAGUAGCAGUGGAGGCGGAGGAGGCACCGUCGGCAGCUGCAAUGGAGGGGGGGGUGGCAGGACAAGUGGAGGAGGAGAUAGCCGCACAAGCGAAGGUGCAGCGUGGGGGCGAUGACGAGCGCCUCAUGCAACAGUUCCUCACAGAGGAGCUCGAUCCGGUCAUAGCGGGUAUGACCCCGGGUGUGGCGAGGGGGCUUGGGAUUUCGGAUUCGGAGAUGGGGGGCCCCUUAGACUUUGAUUUGUCGAUGGGCCUUCCACCUACUUGCGGCGGGGCGACAUCAACGGAUCGGUCUCUAUCAAGGGACGAGGCGGCAGGACAAACUUUCACGCAGACUCCGAGGGAGAGGACGACGACUGAGUCUCCAGAUGCAGCACGCGACAUCAUGGAGCGAGAGAGGGCUCGACUUUUGGCAUCGAGUGACCCGCGUGCUCAAGUGACAGCGCCACGCACAGGAGACAUGCCACCCCCUCCUCCUAGACCACCUGUAGGUGAUCCAUCAUCGUCGCCCACAGGCAGAGGCUUUCGAUCCCCGCACACGCUUGGGAGAUGUAGGAUUCGUGACACGACAGCAGUUCCGCGGGACAUGUGUGACAGUGACACGACGUUAUUCGGGAGGACAAACAUAAAUUUGGAUUCCACCCGCCGUGUCACGGAGCACAGUGCACGCCUUCAGCCGGGCUUGGGACCCCGCGGCGCAAGGACGACCGCGGCGAGGGAGGUACUAGCAUCGGGUUGUGAGCCUCAGCGAGGUGUUGGUAGAGGAGUGUCCAGCGAGAGCUUGGCGUACGCUCUGAGAGCAGCGACGCGUGUCGUGCAGGAGCAGACUCCACGAAAGCAUGGAGUGCCUCCUCGUCCACGCCCCGUGCCUGCAGCGGGAGGCGCUACACUUGGAGAGAGUUCGGGGGCGGAGGGGUUGGGGAUGCCUCAUGGAUCCCGCCGUGAGCAGACGGUUGCAGAGGCUAGUGCGAGGGUUCUUGUGUUGAGGAAGGGAGGAGACCCUGUCACCAUCGAGGAGGAUGAUCCUGAUACGGAUGCGGUUGUGCGGGAGCAGGACGAGGACUAUGAGGGCGAGGAGGAGACCAGGAGCGGUUCCGAUGGUGACGACGACGACGACUACGAUGAGCCCCCACCUCCCCCAGGACCCCCACCGACACGUGCAUCUACACGCUCCGCUGCGCGGACUUCUUCAUCCGCACGAGGGAAAAGAGGUCGACAUCCGGCAGUGGAGGGGGUUCGAGGAGACAGAGCAGGAAGGGGAAGAAGGGUCGUUGACCGAUGAGGCCAACAUUCCGCUUCUCCCCUACUCGCACUGUACUUCGCCAUAUUCAGGAG